AUAGGUAUACGUUUAGUUGCUACCCCGCCAACGAUCCCCAGCAAAGAAUCCGCAUCCCGCAACAGGCAGGGCUGGGUGCCUCAUCCCUAUGCCACCCCUCCUCCCAUGAUGCCCCUGUCCCGCUGGCUGAGAUCUGUGGGGGUCUUCUUGCAAGCAGCCCCCUGCUGGGUGCUGCGGGAGAGGUGGCUGGGUCCCCUACUGCGGCCCUCCCUGGUGCACCAGGGCUCAGUACUGGGGGCAUGGCACAGUGCCCGCUGCUGGUGCCAAGCGUGGACAGAGGAGCCUCGAGUACUUCAGUCCUUCAGGAUGAAUGGAAACCAGAAAUUGGAUGUUGAUGACCAAACAAGGCAGAGUUUCAUCCAGCACUUCUCCAAGAUCGUCAGGGUGCUGACAGAGGAUGGCAUGGGGCACCCGGAAAUAGGAGAUGCUAUUGCCCGUCUCAAGGAGGUCCUGGAGUACAACGCCCUUGGAGGCAAGUACCAGCGAGGCAUGACUGUGCUGGUAACCUUGCAGGAUCUGGUGGAACCGAGAAAGCUGGAUGCGGACAAUCUGCAGCAGGCCAUGGCUGUGGGCUGGUGUGUGGAACUGCUCCAAGCUUUCUUCCUGGUGUCAGAUGACAUUAUGGAUUCAUCCCUCACCCGACGGGGGCAGAUCUGCUGGUAUCAGAAGCCAGGCAUCGGUUUGGAUGCCAUCAAUGAUGCAUUUCUUCUGGAAGCGUGUAUCUACCGACUGCUGAAGGUCUACUGCCGGGAGCAGCCCUAUUACCUGAACCUGAUCGAGCUUUUCCUGCAGAGUUCCUAUCAGACUGAGAUUGGACAGACCCUGGAUCUCAUCACCACCCCGCAAGGCAGCGUGGACCUUGGUCGAUACACUGAAAAGAGGUACAAAUCUAUCGUCAAGUAUAAGACAACUUUCUACUCCUUCUACCUUCCUGUAGCUGCUGCCAUGUAUAUGGCGGGCAUUGACGGGGAAAAGGAGCAUGCCAGCGCCAAGAAGAUCCUGCUGGAGAUCGGGGAGCUCUUCCAGAUUCAGGAUGAUUACCUUGACCUCUUUGGGGACUCCAGUGUGACGGGCAAGAUUGGCACUGACAUCCAGGAUGGUAAAUGCAGCUGGCUCGUGGUUCAGUGUCUUCAACGGGCCUCUCCGGAACAGCGCCAGAUCUUGCAGGAGAAUUAUGGAGAGAAGGAGGCUGAGAAGGUGGCCCGGGUGAAGGCGCUAUAUGAAGAGCUGAACCUGCAGGCCGUGUUCACCCAGUACGAAGAAGACAGUUACAGCCGCCUGAUGGGUCUCAUUGAGCAGCACUCACCGCCCCUGCCCCCAGCCAUCUUCCUGAGGCUGGCACAGAAGAUAUACAAGCGGAAAAAGUGACCUAGAGACUACCAGGGUGGGGGGGGGCAGGUUCUCAAUAAAUUAUAGUAAAACCUUU